AUGGCGAGUGCUGAAAAGUUGUACAAAGACGCAAAAAAGGCGCUAGAGAAGUCGGAGAAGGCGCUAGUACUAGAGAAAGGAGGAAGAGACAAAGAGAAGCUUGACAGUGAGGACAUGCUGGAGAUGGUCAAGCUAGAGAAUAAACAGAAAGCAUUGGAGGAGGCAAAGGAAGAAUGGGACAUAGAAUGGAGUAGACAUAGUAAUAUGGGUUUCUUAUGCUGCGAGUUUGCCAGUAGAAUGUUACCAAAGUUAACUCGACUUGAACCAGAUCAAAACCAAAUUUUGAGUACACUCAGUAGAAAACUCUUUGAACAUCACUUGAAAAGACAAUCAGAACAUGAAGAUAUUGAAAUACUUGGAAAUUUUAAGAAAGGAUUACAGUCAAAGGAGUUACCCCAGGAAUUGAAGGAAUAUCACCCAGAUGGUGAAUGGAUGCCACCUCCAUUAAAUAGUGAUGAGGUGAAAGAUAUGCAAGGACCGAUGGUUACUCUAUUGAAAGACCUUGCAAAGCAUUCUCAACAACAUGUACUUGGCAAGGCAAUACAGUUAUCGCACAUCCACCAUGCAAGUGUCUUCAGUUCUGUGCAACCACAAUUACUUUGGUCAUUGGUUAUCUGGAUUAUAGAGUUAAAAGACAACUUAUCGAAACUUGGCAAUCGCAAGAAUGGUAUUGGAGAAGUGAUUAACCGCUUGGAGCUUAUUCUCGAGCAUCAGCCUAGCCCAGAGCCAGGGCAUCUCGUGUAUGCUCAACACGUAUUACCAGUCUCAAUUUGUCUUGAAAAUAACAUAAGGUUAACUGAGCUAGAAAUAAUCCGUCACGGUUAUUGUCGCAAAGCAUGGGUGAUUUCCGGUGUAGUGAAUUGCGCUGACAUAGGCAUCAACAGUACAAACAACGGGACCAAAGUCAUUGUGAAAUAUGGCUGCGAUGCAGCAAUGCUUAAAAAAGAAUACGAAAUUGUUCAAUACCUACAACGCCAAUCGGAAGCUAUUUUUGGCCCCCCAUGUGGCAAUCCGAUAGUUGAACUCGGUGAUGGAACAACGACACUGGCAUUGUUCAAGGAUAUCUUGACUACAUUACAAACUGUGCAUAAUUAUGGUGUAUUUCAUCGAGAUAUUAAUCCAAAGAACAUGGUUGUUGUACGUGAAGGUGAUAGAAAUCUGGCUUAUCUUAUUGAUUGGAACAUCGCCAUUUUAUCAACAGAUACAGAAAAUGAUGACUUCUCAUGCACACCUUUAUAUACUUCCCACAAUCGCCUUAAGACGCUAUUAAUGGGAACUCCUGACAAACGAAGCACGUACACUUAUACAUUACACGACGAUUUGGAAUCUCUUUUCUGGUCUCUUCUUGAUGUCCUCGCUCAAGCGGACGUUGGACAUCGAUUACCAUGGUACCGCCAUCUUAAGAAGCCAUCAUCGUUGAAAGAUCUUUGCGAUUCUCGUUAUGCAAUUGUUUAUGAUGAUAUUGAAUAG